AUGGGAAAGGAAAAUGAAACAACAACUGAUGGCUUCCUUCUUCUGGGCCUCUUCUCUGACUCCAAGGCUCCUGAGUUUCUCAUCUCCAUCAUCCUUCUGACCUAUGUUAUUGCUGUUGCUGGAAACUCCAUCCUGAUCCUCCUCAUCUGGCUGGACUCCCACCUCCACACCCCCAUGUACAUCCUGCUCAGCCAGCUUUCAGUCAUGGACUUGACCUUAAGUUCCUCUACUGUCACCAAAAUGGCCACUGACUUCUUCUCAGGGAAGAAAAACAUUUCUCGAAUUGGCUGUGGGACUCAGAUGUUCUUCUACUUGACGGUAGGAAUAGCUGAGUGUGUCUUCCUGACCCUGAUGGCCUAUGAUCGCUACGUGGCCAUUUGUAACCCUCUAAGAUACCUGGUUCUCAUGAGUCCCAGGGUCUGCCUCCUGAUGGUGAUGACAGCCUGGGUUGGGAGUGUUUUAACGUCCUUGUCCCACACCAUCUACAUAAUGCAUUUUCCCACCUGUGGUUCCAGGGAGAUUCACCACUUCUUCUGUGAAGUGAUGGCUUUCCUGAAACUAUCCUGUGAGGACACAACAUUUUAUGAAAAAGUGGUAUUAGUCUCAGGUACAACAUUGAUCUUCAUCCCAUUUGGCCUCAUCCUUGCUUCCUAUGCCCUCAUAUUCCUCACUGUUCUCCGAAUGAAUUCUCCCAAAGGGAAGAACAAAGCCCUGGUUACCUGCACCUCCCAUCUGACUGUGGUGAGCCUUUAUUUUGGCCCAGCCAUGAUUAUCUACAUGACCCCAGGUUCUUCUCUCUCCCCAGAGCUAGAUCAACAUCUCUUUGUAUUUGAUACCAUAGUUACUCCCUUAUUGAACCCACUAAUCUACAGCCUUCGAAACAAAGAGGUAAUAAGGGCUCUACAGAGAGUAAUGUGGAAGAAAAAAAUGUAUCUGUGCAAUCAUUAA